CAACACCCACGUAAUUAAGAAAAACAACGACAGCCAACGCGGCUUUUCUCGUUUCUCCCAUUCUCCCCAAGAACUGACGACUGCUUCUCCUCCUGAUCUCUGACCUUGAACCCAUCUCCCACCAAAUCUCUCUAACCCUCUCCAAUCCAGAAUUAAGAGUCGCAGCGAGAGACGGAGAGAGAGAGGGAUAAUUUUUCCUCUCUCUUUGUUUCUUUUGAUCGAUCACACAAAAUGGGGUGCUGUGUCAGCAAGAACACGGACUCGAAGGCCAGUAGGGUUGCCCGGUGGCGAUCGACUGGCAUUGUGGCUCUCCGAGACUCCAAAUUGAAGGCAUUCCCAAAUGAAGUUUUUGACCUGGAGAGAUCCGUCCGAACUCUUGAUUUAACACACAAUAAAAUAGUUGAGAUACCUACAGAUGUAAGCAAAUUAAUUAACAUGCAGCGCAUGAUCUUAUCUGAGAAUCUCAUUGAGCGACUACCAACAAAUUUGGGGAAACUUCAGUCUCUAAAAGUUAUGACGCUUGAUGGGAAUCGAAUGACUUCUUUGCCCGAUGAAUUGGGACAGCUGGUGAGGCUUGAGCGGUUAUCCAUCUCUGGAAAUUUGUUAACAUACUUGCCUGAGACUAUUGGGAGCUUGCGUAAUUUGUUGCUUUUGAAUGUUUCAAAUAACAAGUUGAAGUCUCUUCCAGAAUCAAUUGGCAGUUGUUUCUCUCUUGAAGAAUUACAAGCAAAUGAUAAUCUUUUUGAAGAUCUACCUGCAUCACUUUGCAACCUCACUCACAUAAAGUCACUUUGCUUAAACAAUAAUAACGUGAAGCAGAUACCUCCAAAUCUCUUGAAAGAGUGCAAAGCCCUACAGAAUAUCUCCCUACAUGGCAAUCCUAUUUCAAUGGAUCAAUUCCAGCAGAUGGAAGGAUUUCAAGAUUUUGAAGGAAGAAGGAAGAAGAAGUUUGACAAGCAAAUUGAUUCAAACGUGAUGAUUGCAUCAAAGGGCCUUGAUGAGGGUGUUGAUCUAUGAAAGCGUCACAUUUUUGCUCUCUCAAAGGAGAGUAGAGGUUGACGGGCUGAGUCUAUUUGAAUGCAAAGAAGGGAUGCCAUCUCUGGUCAGCUAUAAAUUCAAAGCAGCUUUUAUAGUAGAUUGGAUGGACAUUAGUAUAUAUGGCUACCUGUGAGGUGCGAAAUAAUAUCUCCAAAAUCGGUUCUAUCACAUUGUAAAUGAGGGAUAUUGUUAGUGUAUAUGCCUGUUAUUUUGAUUUGCUUGUAUGCAUCACAAGUACUUGGUGUUUAUUUAAGGACUUCACCUCAUAUAGUUAUGGUUUCGGACCGAGGACAAA